UUCUUCUAUAUAAGAGAGCUUGCGUUGAGAUAAAGCACACCAAAAUAGAACAAGAGCUCAUCAGAAGAACAAAAAACAGCUUUUCAUUUUCAGAUUUCUAAGAAUGCCUUUCAAAAAGCCACAUCAGACAUCAAACCCUGAUUAUAUUAAGCCUAAAACGGGCCCGCCCAACAGUGGGUACGACAUAGAGGCGAAAGGACUCAACAUUAUCUGGGGGAGUGAUCUUCGCUACUGGAGAUUAACACCCGAAAACUAUGCAGAACUGAUACAAGUGUCAUGGUUGGAGGUAUCCGGUAAAGUACGUGUAGAACGAGGGAAAACUUAUACGGUGAAAUUUGAGGUGAAAGUUAACAAAAACGGUUUUGGUUGGGAUAAAACACCAGUACUUGUCAUGGCUAAAAUUGGGAAAAAGGGGCCAUAUAAAUAUAAGGUAGUGGAAUUAGUUUGUGAUGAUGUAACAAAAACAAUUCCAGCAGAUAAUGAUCUGCUUGAUAUUACUGUUAAUCAAGAUGAAAUAGACCCGGAACUUCAUUUUGGAUUGUAUGAAGUUUGGAGUGGAAAAUGGAAAGGUGGAUUGAUAAUCAAGAAAGCAGAAGUUGAUAUGAUCAGUUCUUAAAACUACUCAUCAAUACUUGUUCAUGUUUUAUCUAUGUCAUAUGAGUCUCUGAAAAGAGAACGAAUACUAAAAUAAAGGAGAUUACUAGUACUACUACCCUGAUAUAUGUAAUAAAUUAAACGAGUGAGUUUUAUUGUAUGUUGUAACUUUGUCCUUAUUGGGCAAAUAUAUAAUGUUUGUUUCAAUUUCAAAUCCA